UUUCUGGACUGAAAGAAACCGGGGAGGGCUUGACGCCAUUUUCAGAGGAUUCUUCGAUUUGAGUCGCCGACGACAGAGCAGAGCUCAUGUUGUUAUUUAUCUUCUUCAAGUAGUAGAGGGCGGUCAUUUUCAGAGGAUUCUUCUCUUUAAUCUCCCAUAACAACUUGCCGUGAUCUUUUUCUUCUCUUUCUCAUCUCCUAACAACCAGUGACGACUUCUUCUUAACGAUCGGAUCUUCAACGGAGUAUUCUGGAUCCAGCAGCUGCAGCAGGCAAGAAUCAUGAGGAAGGUGUAUGAUGGUUUCUUAGAGAUCCUGAAGAUCCAGAAGUUGAGGAGAAUAGUUAAAGGCAGUGUAUUCUUUUGUUUCUCUGCAGUCUUGAAUUAUGCCUAUACAAGCAACACGACUCGAGCUGGAUUUUCAAGAGCUGACCAAUUUUACGCGUCCUACCCUGCUGGAACAGAGCUCCUAACAGACACUGGGAAGUUGUAUAAAGCUGCCCUUGGGAAUUGCUUUGAGGAGGAGGAGUGGGGACCUAUUGAAUGGUCAGUAAUGGCUAAACAUUUUGAAAGACAAGGAAAAUCUCCCUAUGCAUACCACUCUCAAUACAUGGCACAUCUUGCUUCUCAUGGACACAUUGAUGGAAGUGGUUAAACCCUAAAAUUCAAACAUGGAAAAACAUCCAUUUCUUCUUCUUCUUCUCCAUGCCAUUGUAGAAGAAUAAUUCCUUCUUUUGUAUAAGAAUUAUUUUUAGGUUAUUGAUUUAACAUCCCUUUCUGUCCAUGGAAUUAUUCUGUUUCAGGUUAAAUAAAAUUUUGAAAAUGAUCAUUUGAUCUUUUCUCCAUUCAUGUUUGUGUUGUAAUUUCUAUCCACUUAUACCAGUUCAUGUAAUUAUUUUUUCUUUUGUUAAUAAACUGAAUGAUUAGAAAUUGGAAUAUUUGAAACAAAUAUCAGAAACAGUGAUUGGUCCACGUCAUCAGACAAGAUCCUCUCUUAGCCAAUAGCAGCAAAGAAAUAGAUCAUGUAGAUAUGGCAUCCCUAGGAUAAGGAUAAGGUGGGCAUUUGUUUCUUCGUCCCCUAUUGGUUAAUCAAAAAACACAUUGUGAAAUCACAGCCGUCCAAUUGAAAAAGAUCUUGCGAAAUCAACAAUAGCCACAAGAAUGUAACUAAUUAAAAUGAAAUAAAUACUCAUCAUCUCCCACCUAUCAUCACGAAAACCAAAUCACCGGAAAACAAAAA